AUACAUACCCCUCCCCCCUAACUUUCCAUAACCCCCUCCCACUACUCCAUCCCCCCACCUUUCCAUAACCCCCUGCUCUCUCUCUCUCUCAGAGAUUUCUCCGACGAAGCAUACCGGAAGAGCAUCCCUUCUCCGAGAGCUUCUCCUUCGUCUUCCCCGUUCUUCCUCUGCAGCAACCCCUACUUCGUCAUCCUCCAUCGAGUGCUGGAAGAUUCAACUUGACAAAGAGCGCCUCCGGCCACGAUUGAGAAAAGUGCACAGAUUUCUUCGGACCAUGGCAUCUUCCUCUUCGACUUCCAACUACCGUGUGAAGAAGGAGACAAGGAGACAAUAUGAAGCAAUUUCUUCCAACUUGAAGAUGGCGAAGCCUGAAUUAGAUCUACGUUAUGGUACGGCUGAAUUUCGAGGUGAGCCACUGCCAAUUGAUAGCUCUGUAAUGGGUCAGUUUGUUCGAAACUACGGAGAAUUUGAGGAGGAGAGCUAUUUACAUGAGAAUGCACGUGGAGGUCAAAACGAAGUGAAUGCAGUUGUGCCCUGUGAGAAUCAUUCCAAUAGGGGCGUGAAUCUAUAUCAAACCAUAAACCUCUUUUGCAAGUUGUUGGGUCUUGUUGUUGUUUUGGUUGCUCUUUUGAAGUAGGUUGAUGUAUUUAGUAGUGUUCUUGGGGCUGUGUAGUAUUUUGAGUUGUUAAUGUUCAACUUCUAGAUUCAUAGCGCUAAGCCGAUUCCGCACUCAGUUAUAGAUUUCUGAACUACACUUACAAUCCUCUAUCUCCUUCAUUAAAAAGAAUUGGAAGAAGUUAAGGCACAGUAAGAAGAAUCGUGCAUCUCCAUCUCUGAUAAAAAAUUGUAGGAGAGGGCUGAGUCAAACAGCCUUCACCUACGGUUAAAACCCUGGCUAUGGGUUCUGACGAGUGACGAGAAAGACCACUAGCUGCAGACUUCAAAUGCCAUCUGAAGAGAUAGGGAAUCUCAAAGCUUAGACAAGCUCUCACAAGUUCAAGGGAGAACCAAACAACAAUUGAAGGAUGAACACUUGAUAAUCUAGAAAGCAAAAGAGAAAAGUGGAGCUGUGGAGUUGAGAUGGGAAGACUACAAGAUGGAAUUGUAGGUCACCUCCUACCUAAAUUUGUGGUUAUUGGAAAUAGAUGAAGUGGGGUGAAAAAAAGUGAUAAGUUAGCAGGUAUGUUAUGCUGACCUGCUAGGGUUAUACUCACCCCGCGAAGCUCGCUUUUGGAUAAUGCACAUAAUAUCAAAAUGGAGGAGGCACACAAAAUAUUUGUCAUAAUGCCCCAUGAACUUCUCCAAAGGGAAAGCUGCCAGAUUCGUAAAAUUCAAAGUAAGAAUUUGAGGAAUUUGUUAGACUAUGAAUAGAACUACCCAAUUAUGUUAGUUUAAUUGUUGCUGGGCCUUAAUGAUUGGUUAUUAUCAAUUGGAUUUGUUUAAUUUACUUUUUAUUACUCUAUUCAUAUAGGUUAAGCUUUGAUUUUGUAAUUUGGAUCAAAUAACUGUUAGUAACUAUU